AUGAGUUCAGAGUCCAACAUCACUGAGCUCGAAAUAGAGGAGGUCAGCGAGACCGACAACCUCCUCGAUAACAACCUCGACCCCGCCAAGCUCGAGGACGCUGAGGCAGACGAAGCCGAAGAGGAGAUUCUCUCCACCGGUGCCCUGCUCACCAUCUUCUUCUCUCUCCAAGUCGGUGUAUUUCUUGCCGCAGUCGAUGGAACCAUCGUCGCUACCCUCACAUCAAGAAUUGCCUCAGAAUUCAACGCGUUUCGGUCGGUCUCGUGGAUCGUCACUGGCUAUCUUAUCUCACAGGCCACAUUCCAGCCGCUGUAUGGCAAGCUCUCUGAUAUCUUUGGCCGCAAACCAAUCUUACUAUUCUGCAACAUUUCUUUCGGUGUUGGGUCGGUUCUAUGCGGCGUGGCGCCUAAUCUUUGGUGUUUAGUCGCUGCGCGUGUGUUUGCUGGAUGUGGAGGUGGAGGACUUUUCACCAUGAGUGCGAUCGUGCUCAGUGACAUUGUUCCCCUCCGACAGCGUGGCCUUCUCCAGGGUAUCGGCAACAUCGUCUACGGUUCUGGCGCCGCAAUCGGCGGAGUUGUCGGCGGACUGAUGCAGGAAGCUUUUGGCUGGCGAUGGACGUUCGUGAUGCAAGGUCCUAUCAUCGUCCUUUCAGUCUGCGCGAUCCUCUUCAACCUGGACCUUCCCAAGACCGAGGUUGACAAGCGUCUGCUCAAGCGAAUCGAUUAUGCUGGCUCCUCCACAAUGAUCAUUGGACUUUGCCUGUUUCUGUUCGGAGUUAGCGCUGGCGGUACCUACUUCCCAUGGACAAGUCCUCUCAUUGUCUGCACGCUCGUGUCUUCAGUUCUCAUCCUCAUAGCUUUCGCUUAUAUCGAGAUCUAUGUGGCGCUUGAACCAGUGAUUGACAUUUCAGUCAUCAAGAACAGAACCGUCUGUGCGUCUGCUUUGACUGGCUUUAACCUCUCCAUGGGAUACUUCACAAACAUCUUCUACGUCUCAAUGUACAUGCUUACUGUCCGAGGAGUUUCCGCCACUGAUUCUGGAACGACGCUCAUUCCCCAGUUCCUUGGUACCGCCUCCGGCUCGUUCUGUGCCGGUCUUUACAUGACGCGAACUGGCCGCUAUUACCCCGCCUCAGUUCUUGCCGCAUGCUGCCUGUUUUUCGGCAUGUGUUUCAUUGCAAGUGUCGGGUACGAUACUCCUCGUCUGAUUGUUUCGGCCCUUCUUUUCAUGCCUGGAUUCGGCGCUGGUAUCUACUACACAACAACUCUCGUUGGUAUGAUUGCCGCGAUCCCGUUCGAGCAGCAGGCCGUCUGUACUUCGGUCGUCUACGGUUUCCGUACUAUCGGAUCAACUGUCGGUGUCGCGAUUGCGAACGCCAUCUUCCAGAACGUUCUCAUCUUGCGCCUGGAAGAAAACAUCACUGGUCCGGGUGCUGAGGAUAUCAUCCGUAAAGUACAGGACAACGUCGAGGAGAUUGCGCUGGUACCUGAUGAGCUGAAGCAGGCAGUUAUUGACUGCUUCCUGGCUGCAUUCCAUGCAGUCAUGUACAACACCACAUUCCUCUCAUUCUGCGCUGGUGUUGCAUCUCUUUUCAUGAAAGAGCACGUUUUGCACAAGAGUGUUCAGAAGAACGCCCAUGUUGCUAUGGAAUAA